AUGAAUCGCUCGGCUAAAUCUCAGCCCUUCCUAUCAUCCCUUUCCCAUGAAAUCAUCGAAAUCAUGGGAACGGUAGAGAACGAACCCGCACCUCAAUAUGAGGUGUCGGUUAUGCAGCUCCGGGAACUGAUGGACAGCAGGGGGACGGAGGGUAUCGCCAAAAUUCAGCAACAAUUUGGUAAUGUGUUCGGCCUUUGCAACGCUCUCCGCACUGCCCCUAACGAAGGUUUGUCGGGUAAUCCGAAAGACUUGGAAAAUAGACGCGAAUUCUUCGGCGCGAAUGUGAUUCCACCCAAACCUCCGAAAACAUUCUUACAAUUAGUGUGGGAAGCCUUGCAAGACGUGACGCUAAUUAUCUUAGAAGUGGCCGCUAUUAUAUCGCUGGCUCUGGCCUUCUAUAAGCCCCCGCCCGGCGAAGAGGACGAGGAGACAGGCGGUGGUGUGCAUGAGGACGAGUCGGAGGCCGGUUGGAUAGAAGGGGCGGCUAUACUGGUGUCCGUCAUCAUCGUUGUCCUCGUCACUGCCUUUAAUGACUACACUAAGGAACGACAGUUCAGAGGUUUGCAAAAUCGUAUAGAACACGAGCAUAAGUUUACAGUGAUCAGAGGCAGUGAAGCGAAGGAAUUACUGGUGGCCGAGCUCGUGGUCGGCGACAUAUGUCAAGUCAAAUACGGUGAUUUACUUCCGGCCGACGGCAUAAUCAUUCAAAGCAAUGACUUGAAGGUAGACGAGAGUUCUCUGACCGGCGAAUCGGAUCACGUGAAGAAAGGGAAUGACUCCGACCCCAUGCUCCUCUCAGGCACUCACGUGAUGGAGGGCUCGGGGCGAAUGGUGGUGACCGCGGUGGGCAUCAACUCGCAGGCGGGUAUCAUAUUCGCACUCUUAGGUGCGGCACAAUCCGAAGACGACGCUCAAAAGAAACAAAUGAAAAAGGGUACAGUACCUUACAUAUUUAAUAUCUGUCGUUGCGUUGCUUUGCAGUGA